UCCCUUGCACCCUAAUUCAUCUUCCAACCGAUCAAAGACGCCGCCCACACCGGCGGAGAUGGCGCAGUCACUGGAGCUUCUGCUAAUCCAGUUCCUAAUGCCGGACAAUGACGCUAGGCGGCAAGCGGAGGAGCAGAUCAAGCGGCUGGCGAAGGACCCGCAGGUGAUCCCGGCUCUGGUACACCACCUACGCACAGCCAAGACGCCUAACGUUCGCCAGCUCUCUGCCGUCCUCCUACGCAAGAAGAUAACCGGACACUGGGGCAAGCUUCCCCCUAGCGUAAAGCAAUCUGUGAAAGCCGCUCUCAUCGAAAGCAUCACACUUGAGCACAGUUCACUGGUGAGACGAGCUAGUGCAAAUGUUGUUAGCAUCAUCGCCAAGUAUGCUGUCCCUGCUGGCGAGUGGCCUGAUUUGUUGCCUUUUCUGUUCCAAUGCAGUCAGAGUUCCCAAGAAGACCAUAGAGAAGUGGCGUUAAUUCUAUUUAGCUCACUCACAGAAACUAUUGGCUCUACAUUUCAUGCUCAUCUGGUAGACUUGCAGCCUAUACUACUGAAAUGCUUGCAAGAUGAACGAAGUGGUCGUGUAAGAAUUGCUGCUCUAAAGGCUGUUGGUUCAUUGAUAGAAUUCAUCAAUGAAGGUGCUGAUGUGGUGAAACUCUUUCGAGAAUUCGUUCCUAGUAUAUUAAAUGUUUCACGGCAGUGCCUUGCCAAUGGGGACGAGGAUAUUGCUUCUGUUGCUUUUGAAAUAUUUGAUGAACUUAUCGAGUCUCCUGCACCACUUCUUGGUGAUUCUGUUCGUUCUAUUGUGCAAUUUUCACUCGAAGUUUGUUCCAGCAAACACUUGGAACUAAACAUAAGACAUCAGGCAAUUCAAAUAAUUUCAUGGCUUGCAAAGUACAAGGCUUCUUUUCUGAGAAAGCAUAAGCUUGUUGUACCAAUCCUUCAAGUGAUGUGCCCUUUGCUCACGGAAACUGUUUAUGGCGAUGAAGAUUCUGAUCUGGCAUCUGAUAGAGCUGCUGCUGAAGUUAUUGAUACAAUGUCAAUUAAUCUGCCAAAGCACGUUUUUCCAGUCGUGUUUGAGUUUGCUUCCUUGAGCUAUGGUCAUGCAAAUCCAAAAUUUAGGGAGGCUUCCGUAACAGCUUUGGGAGUUAUCUCUGAAGGGUGUUUUGAUUUUCUGAAAGAAAGGUUGGAGAAUGCUUUGCAUAUAGUUUUAGCAGCAUUAAAAGAUAAUGAACAAAUGGUCAGAGGUGCUGCAUCAUUCGCUUUGGGUCAAUUUGCGGAGCAUUUGCAGCCCGAGAUUUUAUCUCACUAUUCGACUGUGCUUCCUUGUAUCCUAAAUGCAAUUGAAGAUGCUUCAGAAGAAGUAAAGGAAAAAUCAUACUAUGCGCUGGCUGCAUUUUGUGAAGACAUGGGUGAAGAAAUACUUCCUUAUCUUGAUUCCCUUAUGGAGAAGUUAGUUGCUUCUGUGCAGUGUAAUCAGCGAAAUCUGCAAGAAACAUGCAUGUCUGCAAUUGGCUCGGUAGCUGUUGCCGCAGAGAAAGCUUUUAUACCAUAUGCAGAGAAGGUUCUCGAGCUGAUGAAAAGUUUUUUGGUUCUGACAAAUGAUGAGGAUUUGCGUUCAAGAGCUCGUGCAACUGAACUAGUUGGAAUUGUUGCUUUAUCUGUUGGACGGGAGAGGAUGGAACCAAUAUUACCCCCAUAUAUUGAGGCAGCACUUUCUGGAUUUGCAUUAGAUUACAGUGAACUUCGAGAAUACACUCAUGGUUUCUUUAGCAAUAUUGCGGAAAUAUUAGGUGAUGGUUUCUCACAGUAUCUUCUCCAUGUUGUUCCUCUGGCAUUUUCUUCAUGCAAUCUUGAUGAUGGCUCUGCUGUGGACAUUGAUGAUUCUGACAGCAUUGAUAAUGGAUUUGGGGGUGUAUCUUCUGAUGAUGAUACUUAUGAUGAGCCAAGAGUUCGUAAUAUUAGUGUGAGAACUGGGGUACUAGACGAGAAAGCUGCGGCAACCCAGGCAAUUGGGAUGUUUGCUCUCUAUACAAAGACAUCUUAUGCACCCUAUGUGGAGGAUUCAAUGAAGAUUUUAGGAAGGCAUUCAACUUAUUUUCAUGAAGAUGUGCGGCUUCAGGCUAUUAUUUCCUUGAAACAUGUUUUGGCAGCAGUGCAGGCAAUUCCAGCUGAACACAUUGAUGUUGCAGAUAAAAAGAAGGAAAUUUUUGAUACUGUGUUGAAUACCUACAUCAAAACGAUGACAGAAGAUGAUGACAAAGAAGUUGUUGCUCAAGCGUGCAUGAGUGUGGCUGAAAUCAUGAAGGACUAUAGUUAUAUGGCCAUAAAUUCUUAUAUGCCUAGACUUGCAGAAGCAACUCUUAUAUUACUUCGUGAAGAUUCAUGCUGUCAACAAGUAGGCUCUGAUUCUGAUAAUGAGGAUGGCGAAGUUAAUCAUGAUGAAGUGCUCAUGGAUGCUGUGUCAGAUCUUCUUCCUGCUUUUGCUAAAGCUAUGGGCUCUAAUUUUGAACCAGUUUUUGCCGAGUUUUUUGAUCCUUUAAUGAGAUAUGCGAAAGUUCCGCGGCCUCCUCAAGAUCGGACCAUGGUGGUUGCUUGUCUCGCUGAAGUUGCUCAAGAAAUGGGGGCUCCUUUUUCCAGUUAUAUUGAUAGGGUGAUGCCUUUGGCGCUGAAGGAACUCUCAUCCUCAGAAGCAACUAAUAGGAGAAAUGCUGCAUUUUGUGUUGGUGAAAUAUGCAAAAGUGGUGGCAUUUCCGCACUAAAAUACUACAGUGAUAUUCUUCGUGGUCUAUACCCUUUAUUUGGUGCAUCAGAACCAGACGAUGCUGUCAGAGAUAAUGCUGCCGGCGCUAUCGCAAGGAUGAUAAUGGCACAGCCUCAGUCUAUUCCUCUUGACCAGGUUCUACCUGUAUUUCUUAAAGCAUUGCCAUUGAAGGAAGACCGCGAGGAAUCAAUGGCAGUAUACAGUUGCAUAUGCAAUUUGAUUUUGUCGUCAAACCCGCAGAUCCUUCCUUUAGUUCCAGAGGUGGUUAACGUUUUUGCUCAAGUUGCAAUGUCCCCAUUUGAGAGGGACGAUGUCAAAUCUCAAAUUGGAAUAGCUUUGUCCCACUUAAUUUCAGCAUACGGCCAUCAAAUGCAACCUAUACUUGGUUCUCUUUCGCCUGUCCAUGCUAAUUCAUUGGCUGCCUUAGCAAAUUUAAGUUAAGUUGCCUAUUUUUUUGUUGAUUAUAUAUAUAUCAGCAUAUUUUUGUGUUUUUUGUUUAUGAAAUAUGUUAUUUAAUUUGUUGUCUUGGGCAUAUAAUUGCUUGUAUUGAGAAAAAACGGAAGAAGUGGAUUCUUCUCUUCUUCCUUCCAUUCAUUGUAUGAUUUGUAAACAUUGUA